CCCCAGCGUGGACAGUGCUGUGGAGUCCUGGGAUGGGUCUGGUCUGGACAAUACCUUCACCAGCCAGGUACCAGGGUUCCAGGCGUCUGGGUACAGCUUCCACAGUCAUGAAUGGCGGAACGCCAAGCCCAGCCACGACAGCCAAUCACCUGGCAGCACCCGCCAGAGGAACAUCCUACAGGACCUGGGAUUGGACAAUGACUGGGACCGCGCCCCGACCAGCGGAGGCUGCACGCUGCCCAGCGGCUUGAUAACAGAUAGCAGGUUCACAGUGGGGCAUGAUGGGACUGAACCAGACCAGGAAGAGAACUUCUGGUCGCAGGCAUUGGAGGACCUGGAAACCUGUGGCCAAUCAGGAAUCCUGAGAGAGCUGGAGGCCACCAUCAUGUCAGGCAGCAGCCUCAGUCUAAACCAUGAGCUCCCCCCCCGGUCCCAGCUGGGCCGGCAGGCCAGCUUCCAGGAGAGAGGCUCCAGCAGGGCGGCCCCCAGCCAGGCCGCUCGCUCCAGCACCCUGCCCUCCGACCCCGGACGCAAGGCCUUCGCCCUGAGGAAGAUGAGGCAGGAGAUCUCAGACAUCCUGGCUCCGCCCACACCUGUGGAGCUGCACAAGGUGAGCCUGGAGAAGGAGUCGGACCUGGAGGACUUUGGCUUCAGCGUGUCUGACGGCCUCCUGGAGAAGGGUGUGUACGUCAGCAACCUCCGCCCUGGGGGCCCCGCAGAGCUGGGGGGGCUCAAGUCCUACGACAGGCUGCUACAGAUCAACCACGUUCGGACCCGAGACUUCGACUGUUGCCUGGUGGUUCCACUCAUUGCAGAGUCUGGCAACAAGCUGGAGCUGGUGAUCAGCAGGGGCCUGGCUUCCGCUCAGCCAGUCUGCGAGCUCCACAACACCCCCGCAGACCUGAGCCACUCCCUCGCAGACCCCCUGCUGAGCUGGAGCGAGGCUGGGGGGGGAGGGAACCCGCUGGGGGGGACCCGACUGUCCACAGACUCACUGUCUGCUGGCCUGCAGCUUAACUCGAGGCUGGGGCCGGGGCUGGGGCUGGGGGAGGAUAGAGACCCCAAUAAGACCUUAUAGCAGAGUGAACGGCCUCAGAGUGAACGUCCUCAGAGUGGACCGCCUGGAUCUCCUUGGUGCUACUGACUGUGGUCCCCCUGUGUGGAUGUGUAGCUCUAUAAAGCACAGACUCACUUCUGUCCUGGAGACAUGGCCUAUAGGGCACACACACCAGGAGUCUCCUUCUUCCUCCUGUUCCUCGUCCUCCUGUUCCGCCUCCUCCUGUUCCUCGUCCUCC